GCCAUUUCUUCAUAUUGAAUUUUUUUUUGGCGCACCAAGUCUAACUGGAACGGAUCCAGCAACAAUGUCUGUCGAGCUCGAGGAGAAGGUGACGAGGCGAACGCAGAUUUAUCGUCAGCUUGGACAAGGUCUGAGAGUGUUCCAUGAGCAUCAACAUCCAGAAGUAGAUAUCAUCGCGAUUCCCGGACUGGGGACCAACCCCGAAGAAUGUUGGACGUGGACUGCGCCGGCCAAGAAAGAUGUUGGACGUGCGAGAGCUACGAGUAAUUCUGCAACAGCAGAGUCCACAGAGGGAGACGCAGGACCUCCUCGAAAGUUCAACUGGAUUAGAGACCAAGAUGGCCUCGCUUCGCUGUUUCCGAAAUCGAGAAUCAUGCUAUAUGACUAUGCUUCGGCAUGGACAGGAGACAAGAAAGUCAGGGCCACCAUGAAGAGCAUCUGCAUGUGGCUGUUAGAUGACCUUCGCGAGAGAAGAAGAGAUGGUACGGCAGCUGGACGACCCAUAAUAUUCAUCGGACACAGUAUGGGAGGAGUUGUUAUUGCCAAGACACUAUGCAUGGCCAGAGCUCGAAGGGAGUUCGAAGCUAUCGUCACCUGUACUGUGGGCUGUGCCUUCUUUGGAGCACCCUUCCGUGGAUCGAACAUGGCCAAGCUUGCAUUGAUGUACAGUUCUGUCUUUGGGAACGAAGCCUACGAAUCGCUGCUGUCUUUCAUGCGCUCGGAGAAAAACGAUACUCUAGAAGAGGUCACGCAUGAUUUCAUGGAGAUAAGCAACAAGCUGGUGCCGCCUAUAGACUUGUUCUGUGCUUACGAAACGGUACCUACCGCGACGUCAUACUCAGAGAGAUACACACCUUGGUUACUGCAGUCCAAAGCUUUCAAAGCAGGUACGAAGGCCUUAUUGGAUUUCGGAGGUGCGGCAUUCUCGGCCGGCACAUAUUUUGUGGAGAGAGAAUCGGCCGUCCUGCAAGGCGCUCAUGACUCUGGACUGACUGCCGACCACAGAGAUCUCAUUAAAUUUGAGAGCAUAGCUUCCGAGAAAUUCAGCACAGUGAAGGUAGCACUCCGCAACAUGGUCCAAAUGGCUAAGACCAACGCUCGCAAGCGUGUAAUGCUUUCUGGGCAGAGCUUGUUGUCCCAGAGGACCAUUCAGCAGGUUCGGGAAACACUUGCAGGGGUGGACAUGCGACUCAAGUUUCGAACCAAGGUGAACCAACGCGAAGUCAACUCCUGGUUAGAGUCGGUACCGUUGUACCAGAGCUGGCUUGCACCUGCUGAGUCUUCCAAACCGAAUUGCUCAUACCUGUGGCUCAGAGGCGGAGGUGGCAUUGGCAAGACAACUGCUUCAUACGCAGCAAUCCAGGAUCUAAGCAAAAAUCAAGCCCACGAUCAACAACUAGAGAGCUCACAUGGGCAUGGCGGAACACUGUUGGCCUAUUUCUUGUGCGAAUGGACGCCAGGCUGCGAUACCGCCGAAGAGCUAUUGAAAGGGCUCAUUACACAAAUUGUUAAUCAAGACGAGGCUUUGGCCCAACAUGGCGCCAGAUGGUUCGUGUCCAAUACACGCUCUCGUGGGGCUGGUGAUGGAGGCGUCAAUGAAGACAUCGGUGCCUCUGGGGCAAAGGCCACGACCACAGUUGACAACCUAUGGAGAUGUUUGCAAGACAUGCUAGAAGACCCUGCUGUCAACAAUGCACACAUUGUGAUCAACAAUUUGCAUUUGUUGGAGUCUAGUAGCUCCACGAAUGCACUGUUGGCCAAACUGCGGGGCGACGCGGACUCUCUCACAGGGCAACCCCAGGCGUCGCAGAGGGUCAGAUGGCUCAUAACCAGCCGCAACGAGCGCCAUAUCAACCAGUACCUGACUGCAGCCAGCGUCUCGUUGGUGGAUGUCGAGAAUGAUCUCAAGUAUGGGGCGGCAAUCAGCGAGUCGAAAAGGCAGCAUGCACGCGAUGCAGUCUCCCAGUUGCGGACCAGCAAAAGUUACGGCUCCGAUCUUGCUUACUACAUUCGCAACUCGAUUGACACCCUUUCGGCGGACGAAUCGUGGAUAGAUGUGCUUUGUAUUUUGCUCAAGGACAUGCCAGAAGAUAGCAGCAGCCUCAGCAUUGAGAAUUGGGUGAAGGAAGCUAGUGGCCUCAACAUCAACAAGCUGAUUGAUCACGCCUGGGAAAAGGUAUUAAGUGAUAAUCGAGCCGCCAGACUUGAGCUCGAAGCGCUUUUGCAAGCACUCACGAUCGCUUAUGAGCCGCCCACAAUGGCCGAUCUGGCCGUGCUCACCAAGAUUCAUGACAUGACACGGCUUUCAGCCUUGAUCCAGUUAUGUGCGCCAGUGAUCGAGCUUGGCUCUGCUGGUGAGGACCAAGGCAAGAUUGUCUUCACCCACGAGGAAUUCUCCCGCCGACUGAGCACCAUCUACCAUGGUCAAUCUGGCGGGCUGGAUGCCCUGCAGAGAAAACGGUAUCAUGGCCUCAUGGCAAUACGCUGCUUCAACUACAUUCGAACCUCCGUGAAGAGCCUCGGCUCCCCCACCCGAUUGGCCAAAGUUGCCUCGAAGCGCGUCAGAUCUUCAACGGUCAGUGUUCGAGUUAAUGACGGCGACGUUCUCGAAGUUACCAAUGAUGAUGACGAUAUCGAUGGGGCAGGCGUCACGACAAGCUCGUCCCCCACGACCACCUGUCCUUACCCUAUCAAGUAUUUGUUCAAGCAUUUGAGCGAAGGAGGUCCCGACGCUGCGCAAGAGCUGUGUGAGGAUGACCCAGAUUUCUGGGGUCAAAGUUCGAGUUUGAGGAGUGCUUGGCUACGUGAAUACCAGCUUCUGACCACUGACCUCAGAGAGCUUGACACUCGCGGCAUGUCAGCUCUGCAUAUCGCCGCGGGUAUAGGUGCGAAGGAACUGGUCUCUAUACUAGUGCGUAGAAACAGCACAGCAGCAUUGUCCUGGAAAAGCAAUGAUGGCAUGACCGCGCUCCACACAGCGGCCUGCAACAACCACACAGAUGUCGUCGAUGCCCUGAUUCGAGCUGGAGCCGACAUCGAAGCGGGCGAAGGGAGCUCGGGCACAGCUUUGCACCUGGCUGCCCUUCGAGGUCAUUGCGAGGUCAUGGCGUUACUCAUAAGUCAAGGCGCCAACAUCAACGCACUGAGCCAAAAAGAUGGCCCUGUGAUCAACGCUGCGAUCUUAUCUGGCGCAGUGAAAGCCGUCGAAAAGAUCAUGGAAGGCGAUGUGCACUUCGAUCUGGAUUAUUCUCAAUAUGAUGCACCGCUAUCACUGUCCGCCCGAAUCUUGGAAUCGAAUCUGUUUGCGGACAUUCUGGAAAAUGGACGCGACAAAUGGUUAGAAAAUGCCAAAUUACUGGACCGGGCGCUGAUAUCUGCUUCCUACAACGCGCCCGUGGAAACCGUGCGGAUUCUUCUGCGGUUUCCACACUCAUACACAAACAACACCAUGGAGAAAGCCAUCUUGUCUGCUGCCGAGGAGAAGAAGUGGCACUCUGUACAUGAGCUUCUCGAUCAUGUCAUCAGUGGCAGUAAAGCUGGUCGCCCUUGGAACUUCAGUGUCGACGAUGCAUUUUACCUUGCUGCGACCACCAGGGAGGAGAAUCUGGACGUGCUGAACAAACUCUGGUACUUCUCGAAACAGAGCAUUACGCCAAACGUUCGCGACUUCUCGCUGUAUCAAGCCACAGUCAUGAAGAAGGACGCGACUGUCCUUUGGCUACUUGAAACAUGUGGAGCGAACGCCAAUGCCACGGCAAGCAAGCCUGAUCUAGUUGGGCCCGCGACUGCCGCAACAGUAGCCGAUUACGCAACAGCGUUGAACGCAGCAGCAAGCAGAGGCAUGACAAACCUGGUCAGCUCUUUGCUACAGAAAGGAGCAAAUCUCGAUGGCGAAUCGGGCUAUGCAUUGCAUCUGGCAGCAAGAGAGGGUCACGACAAGGUGGUCCAGAUCCUAUUGGAUCGUGAUGCUGCGGUAGACAAAGAAGUCCCCAACAGUGAAGACAUUGGGUUCUUCAGUAGCACGGCACUCCAAGCAGCUUGCGAGAACAACAAAGUCGAAGUUAUCAAAAUCCUGCUGGCGCGUGGAGCCAAUCCAAACCUCGGCGGCGGUGCCUCCAGCAAUCCUAUCACUGCGGCCACAGAGCGAGGUCUACCAGAAGUACUCAAUUUACUCCUGCAGCAUCCGCGUAUUGACGUGAACGUCACCGGAGGCAGCGAGAACUCUACACCGCUCAUCAAUGCUGCGACGCAUAUGCCCAUGGAGACCGUCAAGUCAUUGAUCGAGCAUGGAGCUGAUGUCAACGCACUCAAUGCUCGAGGUGACAGUGCACUCAUCAUGGCUGCACAGAAAGGCGAAAAAGCGACAGUGGAGCUCCUCUGCAAUCACGGCGCAGACGUGACAUAUCGCAGCCCACAGCGUGGACUUCCCAUACAAGUCGCAGCCGAGUCGUUGAACGCUCUUUGUGCCUGGGUUUUGGCUGAAAGAAUGGCCGACAUGAUCGAGACGUACCGCCAGAAGAUCAUUUUCGAUACUGGCGUUGCGAACGAGCGUGACACCAACAUUACGAUCCUGAAAGAGAGGAUUGAAGAGGCUCAAGAAGCCCUGAUAAUUGCGAACAAGGAUGCUGAAUUCGCCAAGCUUGAAAAGACGCAGCUCGAGUCAAUGGGCGCUCUACAAGGACAGACGUACGCAUCCGUCAUGGAGCAGUCGAAAAGCAUACAGGCUGAGCGACUUGAGCUGCAGAAGCAAUACGACGCCUCCAAGGGCCAGCUUGGGCUCGCUAAUGAGACGAUCAAUCGCUUUAAGCUUUUGCUCGAAGACGAGCGGCAGAACAAUGCCGAUCUCAGGAAGCGUCAAGGAUUUGUCGCGUUGCAAGAAGAACGAAACAAUGCUCUGGAGAUGCUCGAACAGCAAAAGAAGGCCUCUUCAUAUGAAGUCGAACUGGAGAGACAGAAACACCAGCAACUUCAAUCCGAAAUUGCGUCGCUCCAGAGGCAGACGCAAACGCUACAGAGUGAAGUUUUCUCUGUCCAGACUGCAGCGCAAGCCGCCAACGAGAGAGCGGAGGCGAUCAGACAAGAGAAACAGACCUUGCAAGAUCAAAUUGUCGCCUUGCAAGAGCACACGAAUGAGCUCAAAGAGGCACUAACGGCAGUUCAGACAGCAGCCAGCAAAGCGACUCCGGCUCCAACUCCAACUGCGGAGGCUCCGAAACUCCCGGAGAGACCUGCCCCAGCUACUGUGGAUGAAUACUUCAAUACUGAUGAUGCCGAUGCGGCUAAUCCAACUGUCCUCGACACCUCUUCAGACGAUGCCGCGGCCAGCGCUCCCAUCCCACUUGUAUCAUCGCCACUCAGCGCCAAUGACAGUAGUCCCGGUAUGUCUCCUGGCCAGCAGGUGACCAGCCCCCGGUUCCCGGGCCCCAGCGGUUUCAGAACCAUACACGGCACUCAUCGACCAGACGGCAGUCUGGGCGGGUAUCGUAAGGACGCUUCACUGCGAAGACAAAUGAGUGAGGGAGUCCACGGGUCUUCAAUCAGAAACGGACUCGGAGCGGGAGCACGCUCUUUAUCGAGUUCACAUUCCCGACAGUCGUUGAGCGGAGGGAGAGGAAGUCUUUCGAGAGAGGCUUCGAUUGAAGAGGAGCAGGGAACUGUUAAAACAAACGGAGGGAUGGGAGAUUGGCCACAGCAGAACCAAGCUAGACAUGGGGUGGCAGAUUUCCAGAAUCAUGCUAGAAAGGUCAGCCAGGGAGAGUGGCCACAGCAGAAUCAGAGUCCUGCCAGACAGAAUGGGAUGGGGGAUUGGCCAAAGCAGAAUCAGAAUCAUGCUAGACAGAACAGCCAGGGAGACUGGCCGCAGCAGAAUAACGCUGGAUGGAAUGGAGUGGGAGAUUGGCCAAAGCAGAACCAGACGCCGCGGGCGCGAAAUGGGGAUGAUGGGAGGUACUAUAGGGUUGUGUGAUUAAUUGGGUGUGCUAAUGGC